GUAAAACCGCGCCGCGCUCGUCCUGGACAGCACAGGUGCAGAGUGACAGACACUGACAGCACCUGCGCUGCGCCAGGAAAGCGCCCAGAUGAACGCUCCCGCACGAAAGCUCCCGCACGUGCUCCUGCGGGAUGCCACAGGCAACACUGCUGUACCUGCCCAGCCAAAAGUUGGCAGGAUGCGUAAAGUCCCAAUUUUGCUAAUUCAGCACACUUUGACUUGAUUAUUAUAAUUUAAGAAACGAUCCAGUUAAACCAGAUUCAGCAGGACUUGUUAAAUACUGAGGCCCUUGACUGGUGUGACUAUUAGAAGUUAUUAAAAAAAAAACCCAACCUCGACAAACCUGGAAUUAUUGCUUGAAGUGACUCCCUGACACAGAGAAGCUCAAAGUUGCCAUGUCCACUGUUGGAUUCCAUAAUAUCUCUGGGCCAGAUCUGCUUUAUGAAUGUGGCCCUAGGAAGUAAACCUCUGGGAACUGCCUGGAUUAAGGAAUUAAAGCUGCUUGCCAUGUGGUCAGGUAAGCCCCAGAGCCCUUCCUGGUGCUUCAGAGUACAGAGAGAAGAGCAGGACUGUCCCUUUCACUGACACCAAGACAUUUAACCAGCUUAGCUCUAUAUCAUCUAAUGACAUCUUUGGUGACCUCCAGACCAGUCUUACUAACUAGACAUGAAUCAUUUCUAUGCGAAACCAAUCUGAUUUAGAAUAUAUCUUGCUACAUUUGGGUGACAAAAUAUUUUAGGAAUCACUAUGUUAACACUUCUGCAUAUCACGCAGCAGAUGGACUAAAGUUCAGUGACAGGAUGCUGUUUUGGAGAGAGAUGUAUUUUGUGUAGACAAGAAAAGCUCUUGCCAACAUGAAAAAACAGAUGCACUUCUUCUGCACUAGGAAAACAGAGGAAAGAAUUUAAUAGCAAAAAGCAAAGUAGUUGUGAAGACUCUAAUAAUACUACCUGUGAUAAGAAUUAUAACAUUAAGUUACUUUCACUAAUAGUUGUCUCACAAAGUAAUGUAGAGUCUUACAGUCCUCUCUUUAAUAUUUUUCCCAGAAGUCCUAUAUUUGGGUUACAUCUACUGGGAAGCACCAAUAGAUCAUUUCAAAAUGUUCCACAUAACAGCGCUGAAUUUUUAAUAUGCCUUGAGAAUCUCUGUUGUUGUUUUUCUUCAAAUAUCAUCUGGUCUAUGCAAUUUCUUCCAAACUACUGUCAGUGUUGCCCUGUCAAAACAUGUGCAGAGGGUUAUGGAAAGGGGAAGAAUGUGCAUUGCCUGGAAGACAUAAAACUGUGCAAGGUUGCCAUGGUUUGCUUGCUUCCACUACCCCUCUGAGCUGCUUUGUAUUCCCAGUGACACCCUCAGCAAGAGCAGCACCUUCGGGUUCUUUUCAUGGAACACAUCAAGACUUCGGCGGCUUUGCCACAAAUGAUCAUCCACAAAGGUAGUAUGAUCUGGAAAGGAAAAGAUUGGUCCACGUCCUGAACUUAUAACUCUUUGUUUCACCAGGCCAUCCUAAAAUGAUUCAGACCAGUCAAGGUGACCUUAGACCUAUGGAAACAGGUACGAUGGAAGUUGUCUGAAGCUGCAGAGUGAGUCUGUGGCAAACCAGGGAACUGAACUGGUCAUAUCUUCUUACUGCUAUGUCUCCUGCCUCUGGGUUUUUUUUGUCUUUGGACUGGGACAAAAAGUAAGCAUUGCAUAUUAUAAGAAAACAUGAUUACUGCAGCCCAUCACCACAAAGUUUUAGAGACAAGAACAAUUAUUAUGAACUCCUGUUUGGAGAUCUUUUCUAUGAUUUGUAAUCUUCAGCACCUGUCCAAGAAAUGCCUUCUAUAAAUAACCAUUUUCUGUUUCAGACAAGAUUGGUGCAGCUGCUCAGUUUUUCUACAAUUGUGAAUUGCCAAAAAAAGGAACAGUAAUUCCUUGGGGACCUCAGAGUUAAAUCCCUUCUAUGUAACGUGAUACUAUGAAGUGGGGCUGUGAUGGAAGUCCAUUAAUGCUAGCUGCUCUUAGAGUUGCUCAAACUGAGAAGUCCCUUGUAGAUGAUCCUCGCUCUUUUACAGUUUCUGUGGCUUUGUAGUUCCAUAAUUACUGCCCCUGAUGGCACCCUGCCCCAAAAAUGAAUACUUUGAUCAUUUGCUGCUCUCUUGUACGCCUUGUCAUCUCCGAUGUUCCAGUUCGCCACCGCCUUCGUGUGAGAACUACUGUGAGCAGAGUACCGAUUCAAGUGGAAUUCUUUGGAUUUGUUUGGGCUUAGGAGUAAUUUUAAUGCUCACUCUGUUCACCUUAAUGGUCUUGUUUAAAAGGAAGCGCCUAAAGCAGUCAAAAGAAAAACUGGAAAACACAGACUCCUCUGUAGAGCUGAAUAAUAUUCUCAAGGCUAAUACUGACAGCAGUGUGAAUACAGAAGAAAUUAGACACACACUUCAAAGUGAAACAUUAAUGUAUUCAGUGGAAGAAUGCACUUGCAGUGACUGUGGCUUGGUAAAACCUCAGACUGGCUGUGAAACUUCAUUUCCAUUACCAGCUACUGAAGAACGAGCAACUGUUCUAGUUACCACAAAAUCUUUUGAUUAUUGCAACUAUGUUCUGGGUGUUGGAUGACUAUGAGAGUAGUAUAUUUUUACUGUGUAGUAAUAAAUGAGUUAUUCCAGUAUGGUGAUUAAUCUUAAUACUUGCAGUCAGUGGAGGAGGUAGUACAUUGUCCUUAUAGAUCUUCCAUUGAGCUUUCAUUAAUAUUGUCAUAUUAUUUCUAAUGCUAGUAUUUCUCUAGUCAAGUAUUUCUACAUUAUUCUCGGGUACUAAACUAGUUAUUGGAAUUUUUACUUUCUGAAAGUCCUUACAAAGGACAGCUUUUGCUGCUCUUAAAGAUUGUAUCUACUUACACCAGAUAUAUACAAACCUGUCAAUAAACAAGUGUGCAAAUAUAUGCUUUAUGUUAAACUCA